UACAAAGUGCAAAACGACCUUGGGGUUUCUUGGUCUUAACCCUAUUAAAAAAUACCGAAGAUUUUUUUCGUUUUCCACUGAGAUUUAACAAGUGGGAAUGUUAUCCUGGUGGUUACAGUGGUAAGCUUGGGAUCAACGGAGUUCUUCCCCUCUGCUACCCCUGCCCCUUCCGGCUCCUGCAUCCAAGAAAUUUUAUCCAGUUGAGGUUUUUCGUGCUUCCCAUCUGGUCCUGAAGUAAUACUCUUGUUCCCUUUUUCCUCCUAGCUCAGUCUCAGUCUACUUCUAGGUUGCGUUUAGAGGUCUCUAGGUGCUUUUUCUUGCACACCAGAUGUUUGUUUGAUCGCUGGAAUGGCUUUCUCAUCUUGCCUGAAGUGCCACCCGUGGGCUCCUUCUCACAAUCCGAACCUCCCCUUUCUUUUUCAUCAGAAUUCAGAACCCGCAAAAGUAACUUCACUCCCGUUUCCACGAAUUAAUGUAAGGCAGCCUUCGGGACUCUCAUGUGCCGUUUCGUCGGGUCUUUCAAGCAUUUCACUUUCUCCAGACUUUAGCCCAAAGCAACUUUUGGACACUCUUCGUUGCGAAGAGAAUGAAACGUCGGCUCUCCGGAUUUUUCAAUGGGCGUCCAAGCAACCAAAUUUUGUACCCACUUUGCCUGUAUAUGAGGAAAUCCUUCGAAAGCUUGGGAAUGUGGGGUCUUUUGAUUCGGUGAGGGAGGUCUUGGAUGAUAUGAAGCAUUCAAAAUUUGAGGUUAUUGAAGGUAUUUUCUUUAUUUUAAUUGAUAGUUAUGCGAAAUUUGAGUUAUAUGAUGAAGCAGUUGGAGUUCUUGAGUUGAUGGAGAAAGAGUUUGGAGUGGAGCCAGGAACUCAUACCUAUAACUUCUUGCUGAAUGUUCUUGUUGAUGGAAAUAAGUUGAUACUUGUAGAAAGCGUGCAUUCUAAGAUGCUGAAUGAUGGUGUGAAGCCUGAUGUUUCGACGUUUAAUAUAUUGAUAAAGGCCCUAUGUAAAGCACAUCAAAUAAGGCCUGCAAUUUUGAUGAUGGAGGAGAUGCCCAACUAUGGUUUAGAGCCAGAUGAGAAAACUUUCACGACGAUAAUGCAGGGUUAUAUUGAGGAAGGCAACCUUAGUGGAGCUUUAAGGGUUAGAGAACAAAUGGUGGCAGCUCAAUGUGCGUGGACCAAUGUGACGAUAAAUGUCCUGAUAAAUGGGUUUUGCAAAGAGGGCAGGAUUGAGGAAGCUUUGGUAUUUGUGCAAGAGAUGGUUAACGAAGGGUUUUGUCCAGAUCACUUUACAUUCAAUACUUUGAUAAGUGGUUUGUGCAAAGUGGGACAUGUGAAUCAUGCUCUGGAGAUAUUAGAUUUGAUGCUCCAAGAAGGCUUUGAUCCUGAUGUGUUCACGUAUAACACUGUGAUAUCUGGACUUUGUAAAAUGGGUGAAGUUGAAGAGGCAAUGGAAGUUCUCAAACAGAUGCUUUCAAGAGAUUGUUCUCCAAAUGCAGUCACAUAUAAUACCAUUAUUAGCACCUUGUGUAAAGAGAACCAAGUGCAAGAAGCUACUGAGCUUGCACGUGUUCUAACAAGCAAGGGUGUUAUGCCUGAUGUGUCUACAUUUAAUUCUCUUAUACAAGGGCUGUGCUUAGCUAGCAACUUUACCAUGGCAAUGGAAGUAUUCUUGGACAUGAAGGCAAAAGGAUGCCAACCAGAUGAGUUUACUUACAACAUAUUGAUUGACUGCCUUUGCACCAAAGGCAAGCUUGAUGAAGCCCUGAGACUCCUUAAAGACAUGGAAUCAAGUGGCUGCGCAAGAAAUGUAGUAACUUAUAACACACUGAUUGAUGGGUUCUGCAAAAGUAAUAAAAUUGAAGAGGCAGAGGAGAUAUUUGAUCAGAUGGAACUGCAAGGGGUCUCGCGAAAUGUAGUGACAUAUAACACCCUUAUUGAUGGUCUAUGCAAGUGCAAGAGGGUGGAAGAGGCUGCUCAGCUUAUGGACCAGAUGAUAAUGGAAGGAUUGAAACCUGAUAAAUUCACCUAUAAUUCCCUCCUUUCUUACUUUUGCAGAGCAGGAGAUAUAAAGAAAGCAGCAGAUAUCGUUCAAACAAUGACCUCAAAUGGGUGUGAGCCAGAUGUUGUGACCUAUGGGACCCUGAUUCAGGGACUGUGUAAAGCUGGUAGGGCUGAGGUUGCAACACGGCUUCUCAGAAGUAUCCAGAUGAAAGGACUGAUUUUGACUCCCCAUGCUUAUAAUCCUAUACUCCAGGCACUUUUCAAAAGGAAAAGAAUUAAAGAAGCCAUGCGACUCUUUAGGGAAAUGGAGGAGAAGAGUGAUCCUCCUGAUGCUAUUUCAUAUAAAAUUGUUUUCCGAGGACUUUGUUCUGGUGGUGGUCCAAUUGGAGAAGCUGUUGAUUUUGCCCUUGAAAUGGCCGAGAAAGGAUAUCUCCCAGAAUUUUCUUCAUUCUAUAUGCUUGCUGAAGGGCUUUGUGCUUUAAACAUGGAGGAAACUUUAGUGAAACUCAUUGACAAGGUAAUGAUGAAAGCAAAAUUUUCGGAGAGUGAGGUAGCCAUGAUAAUGGGAUUCCUCAAAAUCCGUAAAUUUUCAGAUGCAUUGGCUGUUUUUGGCCGUGUUUUGAAUAGCCGAAAACCCAGAAAAGGUUACUGGUGAACAGAAAAAUUGGUAACAUUAUGCAACCAGUAGUUUCUCCACACUUCCUUGGCAGUUUCUUGAUGCAAGAGAAAGAAUCUUAAGCCUGGGGGAAGAAAUAGAAGGGAAUGCUGACUCUAUAAUAUGAAAGAAGACGCCUUAUCUUUUCUUGGGGUUAAGAGAUGUAGAUGGCAUCCGAUUUUCUUUUGGUCCAGGAAUUACGAUCGAUGCUUGCACAAUGCUGGGGAAUCUUCUAGCAUCCUCUGUUAUUUCUUUUAAUUGAUUUAUUUGCAACAACUGUUACUCAAAUUGUCAUAACUGAAAAUUGCUGUUGAACUGAGUAUAGUUGAUUAGUUUCUCUCUGAGAGACAACUUCAAAGUAGUGUUUCUUUAGAGGUAGCUAAUGAGCAUCCCUUCCUCUCAGCCUUCAAAAUGUGAAAGUAAUUACUCUCUCCUUUCCCUCCCUUGACUUCCCUGUCCUAAAGAGACCUCCACGCCACUCUAAUGAGGCAUUGCAAGUGUAAAAGCAGCUGAGUGAACAUGUACACUACGAUGAGUGUUCUGUAAGUUACUUUUCUGAAGUUACCUUAUGCAGAGCUUAUGUUUGCUCAAAAUAUUUGAACUGUUAGCAUAGCUUUGCUUGAGAAGUUGUAUGAAGAAUUGUUGACAUUAAGCAACCACAUUUCUUGAAUCGAUUAUCAUUUGGGUU